UCCAGGAGACGGAGCGAUGAGGGGGAAAUACGCUCGGACGGCAAUGAAAAGCGAAUGACAUUUCUGUUUCGCGUUUUAGGCUAUUUAUCACAUCUGUAAAAAAAAAAAAAAAAAAAUUUAAAGAAGAAGAAGAGAGAUCGCCUUAAAUGUGAUCCAGUUUGUCCCCAGCAUGUCUGGAAGUGGGAUCUUCAAGAGUGCCAGAUCUGGGGCAUUUCCAAAGCUCUGUGAGCCUCCUCAGGGUCAGGGCAUCCAUGUCUACCUCUUCUGGACAAAGGGUGGGGAGCGUUACCUGUCCCACACGGCCGGAGAGGUCACAGCAGAGGGGCUGUGUAUCUCUGCCGCUGAGGCCGUAGGCAUCACUCCUCUAUGCCACUCAUUGUUUGCUCUGUACGAGCCACAAUCCUGCUGCUGGUACAGCCCAAACCAUGUUUUCAGUCCAGAGAAGAACCCUGGCCUCGUACUUCACUACCGCAUGAGGUUUUACUUCCGCAACUGGCAUGGGCUAAAUGACAAGGAGCCAACUGUAUCCCGUUAUGGUCUACGCUCUGGCACAGAGCCGGGAGGUUCCCCUCUUCUGGAAAUGACCUCCUUGGAAUAUUUAUUCUCCCAGGCUAAAUAUGAUUUUGUGAAUGAUGUCGUGUCAAUGGAAGAUGUGUCGGAGGAGUCGGAGGAGGAGCUCAGUUGCUUCAAGAAUGAGAGCCUGGGGAUGGCUGUGCUUCACCUCUCCCACCUGGCAAUGCAAACAGGCUGUACCUUAGAAGAAGCUGCCAAAAAAAACAGCUUCCUGCGCUGCAUUCCAAGGUCUUUCUCCAAACAUAUAUCCAGGGACAACUUCCUUAUUAAGAUCAGGAUCAGGCGAGUGUUUGCAGAUUUUGUGCGGACCUUCCAGCAGCACACUGUGGAUCAGGGACGGCUGAGCUCCCAGGAAGUCAUGUAUAAGUAUAUAUCUACACUGGAGCACCUGGCACCUCGCUUUGGUGUAGAGAUCUUCCCCGUGUCCCACCUGGAGCUGAGGAAGGACGGGGAUGGGAGUAGCUCCUAUCUGAGCACCACCCACGCCAUCGGGGAUGCGGGAGACAGCUUUGGUGCUCCUGUGACACAUGAAAUAAUGGUUUCUGGCACCAAGGGCAUUCAGUGGAGGAAAGUAUCAGGGCAAAAGGCUCAGGAAAACUCUUACUUAAGACCAGGCGACACGGACUACAUGAGGAAAGCAAAGCAACAGCCCAGCCAAUCCAACGCCAACACGCCCAAUAAUUGGACCUCUUUCUGUGACUUUGCUGAAAUAUCUCACAUAGCCAUCACCAGAGCUAAUGUGUGCAUUAGCAAGCAGGACAACCACUCUAUGGAGGUUCAGAUGAACUCCAGCCAGGAGGCUCGUUCCUUCAUCUCCCUGCUAGAUGGAUACUUCCGGCUCACUGCAGACGCCCACCACUAUCUCUGUCAUGACGUGGCUCCUCCAAGGGUAGUUCUCGGUGACGCAAAUGGACUACAUGGACCUAUGCACGACGACUUUGUGCUGCUGAGGCUGAAAAAGGAGGCAGCAGAGGAGGGAGCUUUCCUCUUACGCUGGAGUGCUCUCAACUAUCACCGCAUCAUACUAGCUGUCCUGAACAAAAAUCAGAAUGGAUUGGGACUGAGCCACAAGCAGUUUCGGAUUCUGCACAAGGACUCGAUGUUUAGUCUGGAAGGCUGGGACCGAAAAUUCUCCAGUGUGAAGGAGCUCACCGACAGCCUCAAGACCGUUGUGCUCAAGUCCGGCCCAGACAGUUUUACAGUCAAGAAAUGCUGUCUACCCAGAUCAACAGACCUGUCCAACCUGCUAGUGAUGAGGAAAGGUGUAGACCGCCGUGUUCAGCGUGACUCUCUGACCCUGAACCUGACCCAGCUGCGCUUCCAUCAGAUCAAAGACAAAGAGAUUGUACAGGAGCAGCACUUGGGCCGCGGCACCAGGACCAACAUCUACUCCGGGCGUUUGCUGGUGUGGGGCGGAGGAGAGAACGAGGAGGAUGAUGAGUUCAACAACAACCACACUGACCGCAAAGGGAUCCGAGUGGUUCUCAAGAUCCUAGAGCAAAGCCAUAAAGAUAUUGCAUUAGCAUUUUUUGAGACCGCUAGUCUCAUGAGUCAGGUAUCCCACAGUCACCUGGUGUUUGUGCACGGCGUAUCUGUCAAAGGAUCUGAAAACAUCAUGGUAGAGGAAUUUGUGGAGUUCGGACCUUUGGAUGUUUUCCUUCGCAAAGAAAAGGCAUUAGUGACGCCUCAGUGGAAAUUUAUUGUCGCCAAACAACUUGCCAGUGCCCUCAGUUAUCUUGAGACCAAGCGGCUGGUUCAUGGUAACGUCUGCGCCAAGAAUAUUUUGGUGGCACGGCCUGGUCUGGAGCAUGGCACCUCUCCCUUCAUCAAGCUGAGUGACCCUGGCAUUGCCCUCAACGUCCUCUCCCGAGAAGAGCGUCUUGAGCGGAUCCCAUGGAUUGCCCCUGAAUGUGUUCAGAGUGGCGCCCCCAUUGGCAAUGCUGCCGACCAGUGGAGCUUCGGUGUCACACUGCUGGAGAUCUGCAACAACGGUGAUCUUCCUAUGAGCAGCAGCACCUUGUCUGAGAAAGAGCGCUUCUACCAGCAAAAGGGUCGGCUAACUGAACCAUCGUCCCAGGAACUGGCCAGCUUCAUCAGCAUGUGUUUGACCUAUGAGCCUGUGGAGAGGCCCUCUUUCCGCACAGUGCUGAGAGAACUCACUGAAAUCAUGAUCAAAAAUCCUGAUAUAUCCCCCAGUGAGGCCCUCCCUGGCUCAGAUCCCAGUGUGUUUCACAAACGCUAUCUGAAAAAGAUGAGGGACCUAGGAGAGGGUCACUUUGGAAAAGUGACUCUCUACUUGUAUGACCCUGCCAACGAUGGGACUGGAGAACGUGUGGCAGUGAAGGCUCUGAAACAAGAAGGAGGCCAUGUCCAUGAGGGCUGGAUGAAGGAGAUUGAGAUCCUGAAGUCCCUGUACCACAGCAACAUCGUCAAGUACAAGGGCUGUUGUACUGAGCUCGGAGGGCAGGUGGUGCAGCUAAUCAUGGAGUACCUUCCACUGGGCAGUCUGAGGGAGUACCUUCCCAAACGUAAACUGGGUGUGCCCCAGUGCCUCCUCUUUGCUCAGCAGAUCUGUCAGGGAAUGGAUUACUUGCACUCAAAGCGAUACAUCCAUCGAGACCUGGCUGCUCGCAAUGUCCUGGUGGAGAAUGACAGUCUGGUAAAGAUUGGAGACUUUGGCCUGACUAAGUACAUCCCUGAGGGAGAGAUCUACUACCGUGUCCGUGAGGAUGGAGACAGUCCUGUCUUCUGGUAUGCCAUCGAGUGUCUGAAAGAGAGCAAGUUUUCCUUCUCCUCUGACAUUUGGUCCUUCGGCAUCACACUGUACGAGAUCCUAACCUGCUGCGACCAUCGUCAGAGCCCUCCAACAAAAUUCUUUGAAAUGAUGGGGAAUGUGCAGGGACAGAUGACUGUGAUGGGACUGAUAAAACUACUGGAGAAACAGAGGAGAUUGCCCUGUCCCAGAGAGUGUCCGCAUGAGGUGAACAUGUUGAUGCAGCAGUGCUGGCAUGCUGAGCCUUCAGAACGGCCAUCAUUCAAAUGCCUCACUGAAAGAAUUGAUGCAAUUCGUCAAACGUACGACUGGCAGUCUAAUAUGAAUGUUUCCUUGGCCCAAAUUCGUUGAGGACUGAAUUGCAGGCCUGCUGAAAUAUAAGUCAUCACCACUCAUUCAUGGAAUCCGCGGACUUUUUUCUGGUUUUCUUUGGUGAUUCUGGAGGAAAAUCUGUGGGAUUCUGCGGAGUCUUUUUUUUUUUUUUUAAGGUUUUAGACAGUUAUCCAGUACUAUAAUCAAUGUGUUUGGAGCAAAAAUAACAAUUUUUAACAUGCAAAAUCCUAUAUUAAAAUU